AUGAUGCGCCUCUCGCGCGCUCUCACUCGCCCCGGCUCUGCCGGCCUCGCUCUCCGCAACUCGCGCGGCUAUGUCAUGGCUUCGCAGACCCAGCGCGCCUCGGAGGCUACCAACUUCGGCCAGUACAAGGGCUACCCCGUUGUCGACCACGAGUUCGAUGCCGUCGUUGUUGGUGCUGGUGGUGCCGGUCUUCGUGCGGCCUUCGGUCUUGCCGAGGCUGGUCUCAAGACCGCGUGUGUGACCAAGCUCUUCCCCACUCGUUCGCACACUGUCGCCGCGCAGGGCGGUAUCAACGCGGCGCUCGGCAACAUGACCGAGGACGACUGGCGGUGGCACAUGUAUGACACUGUCAAGGGUUCGGACUGGCUCGGUGACCAGGACGCCAUCCACUACAUGUGUCGUGAGGCCCCGGGCACUGUCAUUGAGCUCGAGCACUACGGUGUUCCGUUCUCGCGUACCAAGGAGGGCAAGAUCUACCAGCGUGCCUUUGGUGGUCAGUCGCUCAAGUUCGGCAAGGGCGGCCAGGCGUACCGCUGCGCCGCCGCUGCCGACCGUACCGGCCACGCUCUCCUCCACUCGCUCUACGGCCAGUCGCUUCGCCACGACACCAACUUCUUCAUCGAGUUCUUCGCUCUCGACCUCCUGAUGCAGGACGGCGAGUGUGUCGGUGUCAUUGCUCUCAACCUUGAGGACGGCACCCUCCACCGCUUCCGCUCGCACAAGACCGUCCUUGCCACCGGCGGCUACGGUCGUGCCUACUUCUCGUGCACUUCGGCCCACACCUGCUCGGGUGACGGUAACGGCAUGGUCGUCCGUGCCGGUCUUCCUCUCCAGGACCUCGAGUUCGUCCAGUUCCACCCCUCGGGUAUCUACGGCUCGGGCUGCCUCAUCACUGAGGGUGCCCGUGGUGAGGGUGGUUACCUCCUCAACUCGAACGGUGAGCGCUUCAUGGAGCGCUAUGCCCCCACCGCCAAGGACCUGGCUUCGCGUGACGUCGUCUCGCGCUCGAUGACCAUGGAGAUCCGCGACGGCCGUGGUGUCGGCCCCGAGAAGGACCACAUCUACCUCCAGCUCUCGCACCUGCCGCCCGACAUCCUCCACGAGCGUCUCCCUGGUAUCUCGGAGACUGCCGCCAUUUUCGCCGGUGUCGACGUCACCAAGGAGCCCAUCCCCGUCAUCCCCACCGUCCACUACAACAUGGGUGGUAUCCCCACCAAGUGGACUGGCGAGGUCAUCACCGUGGACGAGAACGGCAAUGACAAGAUCGUCCCCGGCCUCUACGCUGCUGGUGAGGCUGCCUGUGUCUCGGUCCACGGUGCCAACCGUCUCGGCGCUAACUCGCUCCUCGACAUUGUCGUCUUCGGCCGUGCCUGCGCCAACCACAUCAAGGAGACCCUUGCCCCCGGCACCCCCCUCAAGCCCUUUGACGAGACCCUCGGCAAGGAGUCGAUUGAGAACCUCGAGAAGAUCCGUACCUCGGACGGCCCUCUCCACACCUCGACCAUCCGCCUCAACAUGCAGAAGACCAUGCAGCGUGACGCCGCCGUCUUCCGCACCCAGGAGUCGCUUGACGAGGGUGUCACCAACAUGUCCGAGAUUUACAAGACCUACGACCAGGUCGGCAUCAAGGACCGCUCGAUGAUCUGGAACUCGGACCUCGUGGAGACUCUUGAGCUCCGCAAUAUCAUGCAAUGCGCACAGCAGACCGUUGUCUCUGCCGCCAACCGCAAGGAAUCUCGCGGCGCCCACGCCCGCGAGGACUACCCUGACCGUGACGACGAGAACUGGAUGAAGCACACGCUCUCGUUCCAGCGGGACCCUGAUUCCCCUGAGGUCGAGCUUCAGUACCGCAAGGUCAUCUCAACGACCCUCGAUGAGAACGAGUGCAAGAGCGUCCCGCCCUUCAAGCGUGUCUACUAA